AUGUAUGAGCUUCCCACUAUCCCAGGCCGGACCGCCGCCGCUCGAAAGGGCGAGAACGCGACUCAAUCUUCUUGUGGCAUUCGACUGGUAUUGAUCAUCGCCAAUGGGCGCUGUUUCUGCCAGCGCGAGCGCUGGGCCACCAAAGAAUGUGAUGGAUACCUGCGCUCAUGUGGAAUUCUGCACGCGCUGGAUGGAAUGAGAGAGCUGGAGGGGGAGGGAAAUACCGUGUAUGCGGCUCUCCCGCCGGGGUAUGGUGUAUUUCAGGAGUGGCGAUUGAUUAACCAUAACAAAUGCGGCAUCAGGCUUGGCCCGACAGACGGUAUGGAUCUUGGGCAGGUCGCAUUCGACCCGACCGCGCGAACCGGGCCUUGCAUUCGACCGCCUGUCUUCGAGCUUGCCGCUGCUCGCGUGCUGGGAAGGCGUCAAUCUGCUGUCUGUCUGUGCGAAGCUGUAGGCUGUAAUCCCGAUGCGCCGGCUCCGCGUGCAACAAAUGUCGCUCUAACUUCGAGCCGACGUUCUCCACAAUUCCCUCUCCUUCCCCCACCACCACGCUCUAUGUCGGUCAUCUUCCCCGGCGGCAGGCGCGGCCGCACCAGCGGCCCACACGCCACAGAUGCAGACACAUCUUUUGUUGACCUCGAUAUGCCCCCGCCGGAGAAAGAGAAGGAAAAGCGACAUCACUCACCGUUUUCCUAUCUCAGGAUACGGAAACGCUCAUCGGAGAAAGGCGAUCUCAAGAGGCAACCCUCGCGAGAGACUAUCGGCUCCCCGCGGAGAGACACAUCGCUUCCUCCUGUUCCACCACUCCCCACUCAUACCCGCAACUUGUCUGAACCUCCUUCUCCUUCUGCAUCCCGGCCCUUCCCCUUCCCCCAACCAUAUCGCGCGCCGCCUGUGCGUGCCAACUCAGGUUCCGACUCGUCCUUGUCCUCGUUUCCAUAUCCACCGACCCCACCUUCCAACAUUCAUGCUCUCCCCCGCGUCGUGUCACCCGCAUCCUCCAGAGAAGACCUAACACAUGCGAGGCUGGCAACGGCGAACGCCAUUCUGCCUUCCCCGGGACCCGCACUUGCAGCUGCUGCGGUUCUAACCGCUGCUCAACAGUCUGGAAGCGUGUUCCCCUCAUUUUCGAGAGAAGCACUGGGAUCCGUCGACGGUUUGCCCGCACAGAUCGCCGCCCAUAGUACAGGCCAAGCGCGUGGACUCCGUGGAAUCAUGCAGACUGCUGCAAUGGACAAGGCCAAGGUCGCUGCUACUGUCGGUCCUAUGAUAACUAAUGGGAUGCAAAACCUGACAAAAGCACAAACGAUUGUGGACGAGCUGAUCGCCAGCGAAGCAUGGAGCGUUGUCAAAGAGAGCGCUGCGGCAGUACUGGAACCUGCGAAGGAUGUCGUUGUCAUCCUUGACUCGGUGGUGAAAUACAUCCCGGCGAUCAUGGUCGCGGAAUCGAUAUUUUCGGUUGUUAUCAAACACGAGCUGGAACGAAAUGAAAAUGACAAGAACAUCCUGGUUGUUUAUCAUACAAUGUCGGUCUUUUGGUUCACCAUGUGCGACCUUCAAGCGAUCUUCCGUGCCGACCACGACCAUAUCAAGGAUGGCCUUGAUAACUUCUUCCAGGCCGUGGCGAAAACGAUAGAGGAUUUUGGGAACUUUCGAGAUGUGUAUUAUCGACACGGCCACUUUACACACACGCUUAGGUCUUCGGAAUAUCGCAAAAAGCUGACAGGCUUUACAACCGCGUUCGCUACCCACAAAUCCGACCUACAUUUCCUCUUGUCGGAGAGCUCUGCGCUGGAAAUACACGAGACGCUCGGGAGCGUUGGCGGGAUGGCAGCGCAGUUGGAUCUGGUGACGAAGCAGCUUGCGACUGUCACCGGCAUGCUUAGCAGGCAGACGCCGUUCGAGAUGAAGAUCGGGGAGGCGGUGCGGGUUGGAGGCGAGAGGGCUCUCGAGGACUCUUCAUUUCUCAACCAAUUGGCGCGAGACCACUUUGGUGCCCAGGAAGACCUGGACCCUCAAAUCCAAACACAUCUAAGGGUGAGCCUUGAUGAGGCGUUGUCGUCGAACAUGCCGGGGUUCUCGCUGAAGGUCGAGGCAGCGCAGAAAGAGAUGGCCGAUGCCCUCGAGCGCUCCAAGGACGCGAUACUGCAUCAACUUAACUCGGGGGCAUACCAGCUGAUCAAGGACGAUGAUAUUCGGAGUGUUUGGCAAGCCAUGAACUGGAAGAUCAGCUGCAAAUCCCGACACUUUGUCGAUGCGGUGCACAGUCAUUUCGUCCAGCGAUUCAGCGAUCAUGAACGUAACUCGGGCGACAGGCAUGGCGAAGAAUGGACGUUAUAUGUCCUGAGUCAGGUCAUUUACUAUCCCAGUAUCGCUGAUGCCAUCGACGACGAUGGCAGCGGGUACAUCUCCGUCCAUGAAGUCAAUCAUUUUUUCAAGUCUCGGCCAAAAGAAUGGUCUGCGCCGCAAUGGCUUGCAUACUGGGCAGCGGGAUGGAAACAUAAUUCCUUGGCUUACAAAGAGCGCUGUCAGAGCAUAUUUUCGGCAAUCGAAUCGGCCGCGCGGAAGGUUCAUCCCGAUAAUAGGCCUGGCGUCAAAGCCUAUAUCAAAACGAGCGGAAUAUCGGAGCUCUAUCUCGUUGUUAACUCCGUUGCUCCGGACAUGCUGGCGCGCCGGGCUCAUCAUAGUCCGGUGCAACUCGAUGCACUUCGUGCGGAUAUGAUGAAGAAAGAGUCCGAAGCCAUAAGCACGAGGAUGGAGAGGAUUCAAUAUCAACUUGAGAGUCCUGAGACGGUUUUGGCCGUUUUGGGGACAUACAGGCUUGAAGGGUUCAUACUUUGUGUCCUCGAGCUCAUCCUCGAGCGCCAUUUGGCAAUUCUGGAAGUCGCAAACUCUCUUGUCGUCCACGAACAAGAGCUGAGCAGCAUGACCAACAGUAUGAAAAACCUCGCCGCCGCGUUCGGCAUGCGAUACCGCACGCUGACCGAGAGCUGGAGACAGCAGCGGCUCGACACGGAUUUUCUCGUCCAGAGCUUUGCUGGUGGGAUAUUUCGAGAGUGGCACCAAGUCUUUGCUGAUCAGCAGCACGACGUCCAUGAGAGCUCAUAUUCACCGACAUACCAGCGACCGGUAUCGCCGAGGAUGCCGAGAACUCCACAAGAGAUAUUGAUUUACCCGUUGCCGCCCCAACCGACAUCGCCCGGCCUGUUGAGCCCCACAAGCCCACCGUCUGGCAUUGCGGCACCAUAUCCGAAUAGUGGUGGCCAUCCAACUCGCAGUCUGCAUCCGGGGAGAAAUCCCCAUCGCGGGUCGAGCUACUUCUACCACUUCGAUUUCGAACGGCGUCCGUCUGAGCGGCCUACGUCGUUAAUCGAGCCAGCGAGUAUUUCAGAGGUCUAUCGUACGAAGACCUCCAAGAAGCCAAAGUUGGAGGAUCGUAUUACAACGCUGGAGGGCGAGUUAUCGGAGAUCAAGGGGAUGUUAGCGCAGUUGAUCCAAGUUAGUUUGUCAACGGCCAGAGGAGGGUAG